AUGGAUCAAGACUGCAUAUGUGGUGUUACCCAAGCUAAAUUCCGAAUAAAGAAAGCCUGGAGCGUAGACAAGAAAACACCUGAGUCUAUAGUUAUGUUGAGAGCUGUUGCCUUUGUCCAUUUCAUUUGUUACCAUCCUGGUUUUUCCACCACGGCCUUGACUGUCAAGCAACAGUUCUUCCUAGCUCUGGCCAUUGCUUUCCCUUUCUUCCGAGUAGCAAUAUUUGGGGAUCCAGAUAUCAUCACUGAUUUUGUUGUUCCAGCUGGAGCGAAUGCUGUUGAAUUGGAUGGAAAGUUUUUCACCUACACAGGCAUGAGGCGACUCGUUAUCUCUGAUCCACCAGCAAAUUUCACAGUAACAAAAGCAGCCAUGCCUGAAUUCCCUGCCCUUAAUGGACAAAGUGUGUCUUAUGCUGUUUUGCAGUACCCUGCAGGUUCAGUCAACCCUCCGCACACCCAUCCCCGAGCCGCGGAACUUUUGUUUCUUACGUACAGGACCCUUGAAGUCGGGUUCGUUGACACUGCUAACAGGCUCUUUACACAAGGGCUUCAAGCCGGAGACAUGUUUGUGUUCCCUAAGGGAUUAGUGCACUAUCAGCUCAACUGUGAUGAAAAAAACUUUGCCAUUGCAAUAUCCGCCUUUGGUAGUUCAGCUGCUGGCACCGUCUCGGUUCCUUCUACUGUGUUUGCAACAGGCAUUGACGAUGAGAUCUUGGCAAAGUCUUUCAAAACUGAUGUUGCCACUAUUCAGAAACUCAAGGCAGGGCUUGCACCCAAGGCCUGA